AGCAAUCAUCAGUCAAAAGUUCAACAGACAGCAAGUGGGAUUUUAAAUUGUGUUACCGACCCGAGUGCCGAGUGGUCUUCUUUUCACAAGAACUAGCGUUUUCUUUGGAAAAAAUAGUGUUACAUUUAACAGUUUUAUUGUUUAAGUGAUUUACUUUAGUAUACUGUAAAAUUAAUGUAAUACUUCAUAAUUACCUACUGAUAACGAGAAUAAAUACGACACAAAAAUAUAGGUGUACGACGAAAAUUGUAAAUUAAUGUGCUGUUUUAUCUCCAUUCCAAUAACUAACAAGUAUCUAUAUAAGGUGGAUUCUAAAAGGGACUGCAUGCUUAGUUAAAAAAUCGCCGGCAUGAUUUUAAUUAGAAAUGUCAGAGAUAAAGUAUAAAAAUCAAAUUUUGGCUGCUAUAGAUCAUUUACGCUCACGUAAAUCGCGUCCUGACAUACAUAGGAUUUGCAAGUUUAUGUUAAAGUGUUAUAAAGUACUCCCUAAAGAUACUAAAGCAGAUCUCAAACGUUGCCUGAAGGAGAAAAGUAUUUUUAAAGUUGAUUAUAAAGAUAAUGUAAGCUAUAGAAACGCUGCUAAGUGGCGAAAGAAAUCAAACAAAAUGUCUUCAUCAAUUGCAACUAGUGAACGGCGGGUUAUAACUUCAGCAAUUGCUACGUUAAUAUACCAGGAUCAAAGCUAUUUAGAAAAUGGAAUCGCUUUUGAUGAUCUUGUGUCUGCAGCUGCUGCACAAGGAUCAAAAUAUUCAAAGAAACAACUUGAGGCUAUUGUCAACAAAGAGUUAUCAUCGGGAAGUUUGGUUAAAUUACAAAAUGGUAAUUUAGCUUUAGGCCCUGCGGACCAUGAUGGUGAUAGCUCUGACAGCUUCAAAUUUGAUUAUCAUGGAGAUUUCAGCAAUACAAAGAUGACUUCGUCGGCCAAUUCAUCAUGUAGAUCUUCACCUCAAAGAAUGCGUGGAAGGCCAAAGAAACGAGGUGGUGGAUCAUCUAGUAAUGGACUAAGUGGUGGUAGUACAUCACGUAAUGCUGGUGUGCGCGUCGGCGAAAGACGUAAAAUGGCUAAGAAAGUAUUUGAUCCCUCUGAUAAUAAUGUUCCCAGCAAACGAAAAAGGGGAAGACCAGUGGGAUCAUUAAAUAAAAGCACAAUUAAGAAAAGACUUAUUUCUGCUGGACUUCAGAAAUCUGAUGCAGAUGGAACACCAUUGUCCGAAAGUCAACUUUCCUUGGAUGGAAGUGGUGAUGAAUUAGACCAAGAAGAGCCCCUAACUCAUGAGACAUCAGGAGGAGUAUGUUCUGUAUGCCUGGUGCAAAAACCUCGUGGUUCGAAUGAUAGACUGGUUGAAUGCAGAGAUUGUAACAAUAAAGCUCACUUAAGUUGCCUUCAAUCGGGAUCGGGCAUUUUAAAACCUCGCCCGGAUAACACUUGGCAAUGCCCUCAUUGCAAAACUUGUGUAGUAUGCUGUGAAACUAAUGAUGCUGGUAUUUUAACUGUAUGCAGUAUUUGUUCUGAUGCCUACCACGCGCUCUGUCACAGUCCUCGAAUACCAGAAAGACUGAAAGCUUGGGACCAAUGGGAGUGCAAUAACUGUCUUGAAUCUCGACCUACAGUCGUAGGCUCACCUGCGAUUCGCGGUAAUAUGGAAUAUGCUGCACAAAAUUCACCUUCUGUGGACCCCUUCCUCAAGCCACAUGAACUUGACAGAGCUCCUUCAAAACUUGUGGAAGAGAUUCCAAUUGAUCCAACUAUUCCGGAAAUAGCUAAUUGGAAUACUGAUGAUGUCUUUGACUAUUUUAAACAACACUUACCUGAAGCAGCGCCGAUUCUUAAAGAACAGGAAUUCGACGGUCAAGCAUUGAGUAUGGCGCGGCGUGCAGAUAUAGUACGAGGUCUGGGCUUACCUUUAGGCCCUGCAUUGGCAUUAUAUCGCAUUAUCGUUAAAUUACAAACAAGAAAAGACGACUGGACCAUGUGCUGGGGUUAAAAACCAGUUUUUUUCCAACUUCUCUGUGUUGUAUGAAGAUAAUAAUAGUUAUUAAUUAGUGUACCUAGUUAACUGAAAUAUAGUUAAGUAUUAAACUUA